AAUUCUUGUGAGUCCCAUUCAUUAUAGUGGUGUUUUACAGUUGUUUUUGUUUAGUUCUGAAAUAGUUAUUCGAGUCUAAAUUAUCGGGGUAGAAUAUUAUCCAGAGCAAUAUUGGCAACAACAAAAUGAUUGCAUGCAUGUGAUGAUUUUUUUUUCUUGUAAGACAGAUUUUUCGACACUUGAUUCUGUUUGCUUUUUACAUAUUUCACAACAACAGAAUCAUCAUCAAUGUUGAUGUUGUUGUUGUUGUUCAUCAGCCAAUUUCACAUCCAAGUGUGUCUUCGUCAUCAUACAAUUAAUUUACUGUGGCUGACCUCGAUUAUCGGCAAUGAUUUAGAUUCUCCAGUGUUUGGCAGUUUGUUUUGUUCUGUUUUUCUCAAAUUUCCUAAACAACCUGAAUAAACGAAACAAUGUUAUGGUAUUGUGGUUUCGAUGCAUUUCUUCAAUUUCGCCAAAAACCUGAACAAGGUGUUUAUCUACAUUCAUUAGGUGAUCUCAUUUUGGAUGAUCAUGAUAAAAUAAUCAACGCAUUCAUCGGAUGGUGUUCCCUGUUUCUACAAACCGCACAAGGACAGAUCGUAUUCCUUGGUUAUUCAAAACAAAAACGUCAAAAUGGCAUGAUUGUCUGCACAAAAGUACCGAAGUAUAUUAUACAAAUUGAAUGUGGUUCAAAAGAAACAUUCCUGAUCACAUUAGAUUCGAAAAUCUACAAAUGGUCUGGAUUCAAUUUCGAAAAAACACCACCCGAAUUGAUUGAUUUUACGAAUAACGAUAAUGUUGAUGCACAAGAUGAUGUAAAUCAAGUCAACAAUCAUCAUCAUGAUGUAAACGUUGAACAACUUUGUAUUGGUGCUGAAUAUUCGUGUUUAUUGACCGAUGAACAUCGAGUAUUUUUAUUCAAUUCAAAUGAAUUACGAUUGAUCAAACCAAUUAGUCGUGAAAAUGACAAAAUUAUUGCAAUCAGUGCCGGACAGGAACAUAUCCUACUGUUAUCCGACAAUGGUAUCGUUUCAAGUUAUGGUAAUGGUAGCCGUGGUCAACUUGGACAUGGAACCAUUGCGAAUGUUGUCGAUGAUCAAGCCGAAAUCGUGGAAGCAUUGGAAGGAAUUCCAUGCAGGGCUAUCACAGCUGGUGGUUGGCAUUCUAUGGCUUUAUCGGAAAUUGGUGAUGUCUAUGUUUGGGGUUGGAAUGAAAGUGGUCAAUUAGGUUUUGGUCGUGACGUGAUUAAAAUUGAAGCUACACCUAAAUUAUUGGAAAUAUCGGAAGAUGAUCAUUUUGUUUCAAUCGCAGCUGGCUCAAGACAUUCAAUGGCCGUUUCAGAAAAUGGUAUCUUAUUCGGUUGGGGUUGGAAUAAAUACGGGCAGCUUGGAAUCGAUUCCACCGCAAUUGAAUUUGCCGAUGCACCUAAUGUCAUACCAUUUGAUCAUAAAGUAUCGAAUGUUUAUUGUAAAUUCUGGUCUAGUCUAAUUGAAACGGAAAAUGAUGAUUCGGAACCACAAUCGAAUGAAUCGGCCAUCACCAAUAAUAAUGAAGAAUGAGAAGAAAGAAAAAAUAUCGUUCGAUUUUUUAAAAUUACCCACAAAAACCAAAAAGAAGAAACACACAAGAAUUUGUAUCAUAAAAUUUAAUUUCAAUUCAAUUAAAAAAUUUUUGGAUCAA